AUGGAUUCUUUGGCAUUUGUACAUGAAGCAUUUCAUUGGCUUGAUUCCUCACUGAAUAAUUAUGUGGUUUCAUUUAGUAUAUCAAAUGAGGUGUACAGAAAGAUAUUGCUAGAGCAAAUUUACUCCUCGGGAUGCAUAGAAGGUAUUUCAGUGUUGGGAGAAAUGCUUUGUGUUAAUUCUCGUUAUUUGCCUCAUACGGAAGACAUUUUUAAGAUUUGGGUAAUGAAAGACUAUGGCGUCAAAGAAUCUUGGACUGAAUUGUUUAAUAUACAAGGUACCGGUCUCUAUUCAGUUGUACCAAAUUUUAGGUCUUCGACUUGUUUUGGUUGUAGCUUUAGGACAUCCGAAGGGCCAUAUGGACUCUGGCCUCAAUCUGAUGAACUCGCCAUUCACAAAGGAUUCGUUUAUACAGAAAGUUUAUUGGCAGCCAUUCUUGAUUGGCAGCCAUUCUUGACUUUCAUUCUUUUCAUUGCAGAUUGGCAGCCAUUCUUGAUUGGCAGCCAUUCUUGA